GACUUUGUGUCGUCUCCCGUCAAGCCUGCUGUGACAGAGAAACGUGAUUUUAUUGACAGACUACUUGGAUACCUACAGUACCAUGGGGUCUCUGAAGGCUCUCCAGGAGUGGUGUCGGAUACAGUGUGAACAUUACAACGAUGUGGAAGUAAAGGACAUGUCAACGUCCUUUCGGAACGGAUUGGCGUUUUGUGCCAUAAUUCAUCGUUACAGACCAGAAUUAAUAGACUUUGGCUCGCUGUCUAAAGAGAAUGUGUACAAAAACAACCGACUGGCGUUUGAAGUGGCGGAGACUCAGCUGGGCAUCCCGGCCCUGUUGGACCCAGAGGACAUGGUGUCCAUGAAAGUGCCUGACCGGCUCAGCAUCAUCACAUACGUCUCCCAGUACUACAACUUCUUCAACAACAAGUCUCAAGCAAACCCCCCUUCCAUGAAAAGGCUCAGUUCUGUCGGUCUAAAUGAGCCCGCCCAGAAAAGGCCCCCCACCCCUUUGGAAGACAAAGUGGUCGAGUCUGAGCAGAGCCAGCCUGAGGAAACUGGCGUAGAAGCGGCCUCAGCGGUGAAGCGCAGCACGCUCAGCAGCACCUGCGCCGCCUGCCAGAAACACGUCCACCUGGUGCAGAGGUUCCUGGUGGACGGCAAGCUCUACCAUCGCAACUGCUUCAGGUGCACGGAGUGUCACAGCACCUUGCUUCCUGGAUCCUACAAAUCAGGAAGUAACUCUGGGGCCUUGGUUUGUACACAUCACCUCGCAAGGCAAGCUUUAGCCAAUCAGAACGGCCGGCCGGAUCUGAGUAAGAGACCCCCAUUGGCUGCUCAGUCUGUCAGAAUUGGUCGCAGCCCGGUUCCUCACACCUCGCCCUCUGAGAGGGAACACGCUAAGACUCCUUCUCCUGUAAGACAAACAAAUGAGACUGCCACGCCAACAAAUGAGACUGCCACGCCAACAAAUGAGACUGCCACGCCAACAAAUGAGACUGCCACGCCAACAAAUGAGACUGCCACGCCAACAAAUGAGACUGCCACGCCAACAAAUGAGACUGACACGCCAACAAAUGAGACUGCCACGCCAACAAAUGAGACUGACACGCCAACAAAUGACUCUGUCCCAGUCACCGCUGUCACAACAAAUACUGCAGACUCUGUGGAAGAAGCAAAAGAGACGGAGGGCAGUGUGGAGACCGAGGUGACACCGCGCUCUUCUUCUCCUCCAAACCCCUUUGAUGAGAGCGACGAAGAAGAAGAAGAAGAAGAAGAAGUGGAGAAAGAGGAAGAAAGUAAAACACCAGCCAAAGUAACGACCAAUGGGGAUCUCCCUUCUACACCGCUCAUUCAUCAGGAAAGGGCCAGUCGGCCAGUACCGGCCCCCCGCCGCGUUGCUGAGCCCACCCCCCCUCCUCGCCCUGCACCGCGGGUCCGCCUCCCCCGCACGGCAGACAGCCCUACAGUCGGUGAACACCAGAAGCCUCUGAUUCCUCCCAAACCUCGAGAAAUAUCACGCUCUCCUGGAAGCCUGUCCAGUGGUACCCCUAAACCCAAAGACCCACCUUGGCUGGCCCUGGUCCAAUCAGACACCAAGAAGAAGAAAGCCCCUCCCCGUCCCCCUGUCGGACUGGCAACCCCUCCCAACACAGGCUCUCUGUCCUCUCUCAAAGGGGAGGGCUCCAGACCCAGCACCCCCCCUGCGCCCGCGAACCCUUUCGACGAUGAUGACGAUGAAAAUGUGGAGGUGGAGGAAGAAGAGGGCGGUGAAAGUGCGAUUCCACCCACAAUUGCGGCGAGUCACCCGUGGUAUCGCAUCACCCAGGCAGCAGACGCCCCAGGAGCAGACCCUCCCCCCACCGGGGGGAGCUCGUCUCGCUCCGCCAGCCCCGCGAGCGCCAAGAACAAGAAGCGGCCCGCCCCUAGGGUCCCGAAGCCCCCAACAGGUCAACAAGUCCUCCCUCACUCUCAGCCCUCCUCUUGCUCCCCCUCCCCAGCCCUCAGCACAGAGAGUCUCUCCUCCGGCUCGGACCACAGCUCCUCCCGCCGCCCGCUGGGUGGGGGUCCCAGCAGCGACCAGGAGCACACCUUCACCAAAAGUGUCUCUGAGCCCUCCAUCUGUUCCCCCUGCGACUCUGUGGACUCUCCUUCCUCCUCCUCCACCGAGCGCCUGCCUCACCCUUUCCUCAGCCCCCACCCUUCUCCAUCAUUUGCCAGCUCCGCUCCCGCCACCCCCCAGAGCAGUCGCAGCUCUGGGACCCGAGGGGCCGCAGCCCCUCCUCCGAGACCCCCCACGACCCUCAGCCCAUUGGCCUCAGGAGCCGCCAAUAAGCGGAUCUGUAAGGAGAACCCGUUCAACAGGAAAGCUUCUCCCUCUCCUUCUAAAUCCAAAUCCAAAUCCAAACCACCAAAAGGCCCCCGACCCGCCAGACCCCCGGCCCCGGGACACGGCUUCCCUCUGAUCAAACGCAAGGUGCAGUCAGACCAGUACAUCCCGGUGGAGGACAUCCACGGGGAGAUGGGUCAGCUGGAGAGGCAGCUGGACGAGCUGGAGCAGAGGGGGGUGGAGCUGGAGAAGAAGCUGAGGGACAACCCCAACGAUGAGGAUGAGGAGCACCUGUUGGUGGACUGGUUCACUCUCAUCCAUGAGAAACAUCUUUUAGUACGAAGAGAGGCUGAGCUGGUCUACACAGCGAAGCAGCAGAACCUGGAGGAGAGGCAGGCUGACGUGGAGUAUGAGCUCAGGUGUCUCCUCAACAAACCAGAGAAAGACUGGACGGAGGAGGACAAGAGUCGGGAUCAGGAGCUGAUGUCGGAGCUGGUGACGAUCAUCGAACAGCGGAACCAGAUCGUCAACAACAUGGACCAGGACCGGCAGAGGGAUGAAGAGGAGGACAAACAGAUAGAGGCCAUGCUGAAGAAAAAAGACUUCCAUAAGGAACCGGAGGUUGAGCCGCAGCAGAAGAAAAAAGGGGGGAAGUUCAAACCCAUCAAGGUGCUGAAGAGGCUGAGCCAUAAAGGGGAACCAAGCAAGAGCCCCCGCAAGGAGAAGAAAUCCCCGUAGACACAACGCUUCUCCUCCAAGAGGAUAUGAGACUUUUUUUUUAACAACUAAGGCAGAUUUAAAAAAAGGAUGUGAGCAAAGAAGAUAAGAGGAGGUCGUCUGACUGUAGAAUGCCCUCACCUCUCACUCCUUACCUCUCCAAAUCUCCAAAGACCUUUUUUCCGUUGCCUUUGUGUGAUUUUAGAGAGACGGUACGACGGCUGCUUUAUGAGCGGACAUGUUUGUAAGCCUUUGAAGCAACUGAGGUGACCCGCAGGUUGUAAACGACUGCACUGAUUGGUUGUUGCUUCACUCUCCUUGUCUGCCACAGCGUGUCUGACCCUUCAGGCCUUUAUCAAGGCUUCACAGCUCCACAGUUGAUCCCUGAGUGUUGUAUUGGUUUGAAUCUGUUCCCAACACAUUUAUUACCCUCUGCUCCUGAAACCCAAAGAUAAGAAGCUGGAUAUCUGAGGUUUUAUGUCUGGUUUGAGCCCGUGGUACGAGUUUAAUUUUUUUUUUAUCUAGCAACGUCUACUCAUGAAAUGCUCGAUCAACAAUGCAUACCUAAGCUCUUCUAGCUGCUAUGUUAUGACUGUCUAUGGGUCCCUUUUUUUAUUUCUCCUGUGAUAGUUUUGCGAUGAUGUCCCUUGUGUAAAUGCAUAUCAUCAAAGACGUGGAUGUGAACGUAGAUAUACAGUAUUAAUAGGAAGUUGUGUGACUGGAAAUCAGAUUGACUUAGAACGGUCUGAAGAUAAGUAUUGUAGAUAACCUUUAACUGCAGGUGUCAGAAAGUGUAUCAGUAUGAAAGGUCACACAUGCAAUAAUGAACAUUAGAAAAGGCAGAUGUACAGUAUGUUAACAACUGUAGCAAAGCACCAGCUUAUAACAGACUAACCAUUAGGGGAGAAACCUGAAUAUGCAAUCAUUAAUUUAUAUUUUACGAUGCCUUUCUGUGUGUUUCCAUGUAUUGCCUUAAAAGUGGAUAGGAAAAAAUGUGUUAAUAUUGUUUGUACGUGCCAUUUAUUUAAUUUCAGCGUCAUUUGUUUGAUGUAACUGUCAGUAUGUUUACUCAUUCUGUUCCUGUUAGUCCUCCAUUUGAACUGUAGUCUGCGUUGUGUCUCUGCUCUGUGCCUGUCCUCCUGUCAGCUGUAACCAAGGGCUUCUGUAGCGCCACAUGUUCUCAAACAGCAGCAGGAUUAUUACAAAACAUACUGACACUGGAAGGCAGAGGAAUAAAAUAACUUACUGCAA